CCCCAUUAAAUGCUCCUUACAGCAUUUCUAGUUCAGUGCUAAUAAUGCAAUUAUAGAAGGCUAACCUAAUAAGACUGAAAGGGGGCACACUCUGCGUGAUAAACGACAUAGUUUCACUCCUCAUAGUUUGAUAGUCGUGAGAGGAUUUUUUCACUUUGGCAUCACCACUUUUCCUUCAGUUAAACUUCUCCACCACUGGUCAUUGCCAACAUCUCCACCGAUAUGUUUGGUUGAGACGCACGCAAUUACUCAGAAGUCCUGUCCAUCGUGGCGAAAUGACGCUGACACCUUCUUCAAUCACUCAGCAAUCUCUGGGCAAACAUUAGCGAGCAAUAGGCUAAUAAUUACAGGCCCUAGAUGAUAAUUGGUCAUCAUCACUGGUACUGGCAACGUGCUACUUUUAAAAACACCCGCUGACGCACAGAGGAGGCGUUGAGAAGUUUCAUCAAUAGCCAUUUCUAUCAAAGGGCUUAGGAACUUCAACAAGUCUGCCACUGGAGCCGGUCUCUCUCGCCCUCCCUCCCCCCCCUUCUGUGAUCCUGGUCCACAGCAAUAAAAACUGACGAUGGUGGAGAUUUUUUAAAAUUAGAUAAAAGCUGGGAAAAAAACUGCGACUGAGGACUACCGCUGUUUAGAUCUAACUUUUCUCCUCUCACAGCAUGGGCGGAGUGUGCGUGUGUUAUUCAUGGACUUGCAGACCAGUGUGGCCAGUUUUUAUUAUACUGGCGGCGAUCCCCUGCAUGUCGUUCUGCUCAGAGAGUCCUCCAGCAGCUGUGGGCAAAAUGUAUCCACGAGGCAAUCACUGGGCAGUAGGUCAUUUGAUGGGGAAGAAGAGCAUCGAGAGUCUGUCUGAACUGCAGGAGACACACAGUGAGUACCUCAGAGCCUCAGAAACACCUGGACUCACAGAGCUGAACCGGUACAGGGGCCUGAUGGAGGCUCUGAUGCAACGAAAGAACCAAAAACAGAUGACGCCCCAAACUGCAGACAGGCAGCUUUGGAGGGAAGAGGACAGAGACAAAUAUCUCAGAGAGAUGUCAGACCUGUUUCUUCUGGCAGUGAAACUGCAAGGCGAUGACUCCACCUGAAUGCAAGAGGAAUUCUGUUCAUUAUCCACCAAAAACAUGGCCAGCAAUCACAUAUCCACGCUGUAUUUUAUUAUUUCUUUCUUUUUUGCUGCUGUAAGAAUACGCUGGAAACCCAAUAGAAGUUUAUUUUAUCGGUAAUUUAUUACAAAUUACAGUUUUAUUACAGACUGCUAUGGUUAUGAGUUGAAAAUGCUUAAUAAAUUUAAUGUUGU